UGCUGGCCUUUGAAAGAAAGUGAAAGUGAAAGGGGGAAGAGGAGGCUUCAGGGUAGAGAAGAUCUCAGCGCCAUGAAGUCCCUGUCCCUGCUCCUCUCUGUGGCUUUGGGCCUAGUGAACGUCGUCUCGGCAGGACCCGCAGCCAUUGAGUGCUGGUUCGUGGAGGAUGCAGGCACGGGUAGUCUGGCCAUGAAACCCGCCGCACUGCUUCUGCGCCCGGGACCGGGGGGACCGCCGCCCCGACCGGACCUUGACCCUAAGCUCUACCUCAGCGUGGACGACCCCGCGGGCACCCUGCGGUCUGCCUUCAGGCGAUACCCCCGGGACGCCGCCGCACCACACUGCGAGUUGAGCAGCUUCAUUCCGCUUCCCGCCUCUGCGAAUUGGGCCAGAAGCCUGACACCGGAGCAGAGGUGUCCGCGAGCCCUGGACGGGGCUUGGCUCAUGGUCAGCAUAUCUAGCUCGGUCUUCAGCCUCUCCAGCCUCUUACGACAACAGCCGGAGCCUCAGCAGGAGCCUGUUCUCAUCACCAUGGCAACAGUGGUACUGACUGUCCUUACUCACACACCUGGCCCUCGAAUCCAAAUGGGACAAGAUGCAGUGCUGGACUUGAGCUUCUCCUACAUGCCCCCCACCCCUGAGGCUGCUUCAUCUCUGGCCCCAGGUCCCCCUCCCUUUGGGCUGGAGUGGCGACGCCAGCACCUGGGUAAGGGGCACCUUCUCCUGGCUGCAACUCCUGGUCUAGGUGGGAAGAUACCAGCGACCCAAGAGGGGGCAGUGGCUUUUGCAGCUUGGGAUGAUGAUGAGCCAUGGGGCCCAUGGACUGGGAAUGGGACCAUCUGGCUGCCUGCAGUGCAACCUUUUCAGGAGGGCACGUAUCUGGCCAUUGUACACCUACCAUACCUGCAAGGACAAGUCGAUCUGGAGCUCUCUGUGUACAAGUCCCCUAAAGUGUCCCUAACGCCAGCACCCCUUGUAUGGGCUGCCCCAGGGAAGACACCCCCAGAGUUGCUCUGCCAUGUGAACCACUUCUACCCUUCUGAGGGUCUAGAGGUGGAGUGGGAGCUCCGAGGUGGCCCAGAGGGCGGCUCUCGGAAGGCUGAGGGGCAAAAGUGGCUCUCAUCCCUCCGCCACCACUCUGAUGGCUCUGUCAGCCUCUUGGGGUACCUGCAGCCACCUCCGGUCACCACCGAGCAGCAUGGGGCACGUUAUGCCUGUCGAGUUUACCACUCCAGCCUGCCUGCCUCAGGGCGCAGUGUGGAGGUCACCCUGGAGGUGGUAGGUUUCUCUGGGCCCUCACUAGAGGAUGGCAUAGGCCUCUUCCUGUCUGCCUUUCUCUUCCUCGGACUAGUCAAGGUGCUGGGCUGGGUUGUUGCCUACCUGACCACUUGCAAGGAUUUGAAAGAGAAGAAAACACAGUGAAGGCACUCACACCAUCCUGUGGACACCAUCAUCAUCUUUGGCCCAAGCUACUGUAGUAGCUCCCUGAAACAGUACUCAUUAUCUGCUCCUACUGCCUUGAAACUUCCUCCACUCAGUGGCUGAAAUUUUAUUUUCUUAAAAAAAAACAUCUUAUGGCUCUACGGCAGUGGUUCUCAAAAUUUCCGGUCAGGACUUCUUAAAAAUUAUCAGACAGCCUAAAAAGCUUUGUUAUGUGGGUUAUACUAACUACUGAUAUUUAUUUACCAAAACUUGAGACACCAGAACACACAAGCACACAUUCUCUUCAUUGAGAGUCAUGGUGUCAAUACACAUCAUAUAGCUUCUGGGAAACUCCACUUGUACACUCUUCAUAGAAUUAUAACGAAAAAGGCAAGUAAUAUCUUAACAUUGUUAGGGAAAAGUCCUGGAGACCUCUAAGAGAACAGUCGUGGAGAACCGCUGUUCUAGGGCCAAAUUCAUUCUCCUGGCCCGACCUGUGUGUCCCUCGCACCCGACCACUGCCUACCUAUUUAGCCCUGGGAUGCUCCCCUGUCCUCCUCUCAGACGACAACUAGGCCUUUCCUCCAAGGAACCAAACGCCUGGCCUGCCUCCGGGAUCCCGACGCUCUGUCCCCCUACCUGCUCCACCCUCCCCCUCCCGGGUCGGCCUCGUAACUUCCCUGGGCCUGCUACGUGUCACUCUCAUGCGGGUCACCAAAGCUGUAAUUACGUGAUUGUGUGAAUCGUUAAAUGCCUGUCUCCCUCCCCGACUCGAGGGCUGGGACAAGCCGCCUGUCCUCCGCUGGACGCCACGCGCCAGCACAGGGCCUGGCGCCCACUGGAGGGCGCUCAGCAAACAGCUGCUGGACACGACCAAGGAAGCGGCGGCGCGGCUUAAGGACCUUUGAGGGGCAGGACGGUCGUCCGCCCGGCGAUCGGGAGAACAGGUCUAGUGGUGUCGGAAUAAAGUGUUCCAGUGCUUCCAACCGGUCUCUCAUUCUAUCCCCUUUCCAAACACAAUGAAUCUUCCCCUCCCCUCUACCCUUCCAAUCACCCGGCCUCCCAAACGCCUCGGAGGGAGACCUGUCCCGUUGGGAAUCAGUGCAGACGCCAGAGCUUGGAGACGCCCAAGUAGAUGGUUCUCCAGAACCCAGCGAGCUCAGAGCCCAGCCGCGAGCGCCGGAAACCCCAAGCGCCUAGCCUGAGCCGGAAGCGGCACCUUCCUGUCCCGCCCCCUGGCGGGUGGGCGGGAACGAGGGCUCCUCAGAAAGCCCGGAGUGGAUUCGGUUCACUGCACUCGUGGGUUGGGGUGGGAGCGUAACCUUGCGGGGUGGAGUAACAGGGUCCCUCCCCGCCUAAAAUACUUACCGCGGGAG